AUGGGCUUCUCUUCGGAGCUGUGCAGCCCCCAGGGCCACGGGGCAGUACAGAAGCUACAGGAGGCUGAGCUGCGGCUAUUGGAGGGCAUGCGGAAGUGGAUGGCCCAGCGGGUCAAGAGUGACAGGGAAUAUGCAGGGCUCCUGCACCACAUGUCCUUGCAGGACAGUGGGGCCCAGAGCCGGGGCGUGGGCCUGGACAGCCUUGUCAGCCAGUCCUGGGCAGAGAUCACCAGCCAGACCGAGAGCCUGAGCCGGUUGCUGAGGCAGCAUGCAGAGGAUUUGAACUCUGGGCCUCUGAGCAAGCUGAGCUUGUUGAUCCGGGAGCGGCAGCAAAUGCGCAAAACCUACAGUGAGCAGUGGCAGCAGCUACAGCAGGAGCUUACCAAGACCCACAGCCAGGACAUUGAGAAGUUGAAGAGCCAGUAUCGAGCCCUGGCACGGGAUAGCGCCCAGGCCAGGCGCAAGUACCAGGAGGCCAGCAAAGACAAGGACCGUGACAAGGCCAAGGACAAGUACGUGCGCAGCCUGUGGAAGCUGUUUGCUCACCAUAACCGCUAUGUGCUGGGCGUGCGGGCUGCACAAUUGCACCAUCAGCACCACCACCAGCUCAUGCUGCCCAACCUGCUGCAGUCGCUGCAGGACCUGCACCAGGAGAUGGCCUGCAUCCUGAAGGAGAUCUUGCAGGAAUACCUGGAGAUCAGCAGCCUGGUCCAGGACGAGGUGGUGGUCAUUCACCAGGAGAUGGCAGCGGCAGCGGCCCGCAUCCAGCCAGAGGCCGAGUACCAGAGCUUCUUGCGACAGUAUGGGUCCGCACCUGAUGUCCCACCCUGCGUCACAUUUGAUGAGUCCCUGCUUGAGGAGGGUGAGCCGCUGGAGCCUGGAGAGCUGCAGCUAAACGAACUGACUGUGGAGAGCGUGCAGCACACGAUGACUGCAGUGACUGAUGAGUUGGCUACAGCCACCGAGACGGUGAUUAGCCGGCAGGAGGUGGUCACUCAGCUGCAGCGGGAGCUCUGGAAUGAGGAACAGAGCACCCACCCACGGGAGCGGGUGCAGCUGCUGGGCAAAAAGCAGGCACUGCAGGAGGCCCUGCAGGAGCUACAGCUCGCUACAUGCAGCCAGGCCAAGCUGCAGGCACAACAGGAGCUGCUACAGGCCAAGCUGGAGCAACUGGGCCCUGGAGAGCCCCCGCCCGUGCCCCUUCUGCAAGACGACCGCCACUCCACGUCUUCCUCGGAGCAGGAGCGAGAGGGGGGAAGGACGCCCACCCUGGAGAUGCUUAAGAGCCACAUCACAGGAAUCUUCCGUCCCAAGUUCUCGCUGCCCCCACCACUGCAGCUCAUCCCAGAGGUGCAGAAACCCCUGCACGAGCAGCUGUGGUACCACGGGGCCAUCCCGAGGGCCGAGGUGGCAGAGCUGCUGAUGCAGUCUGGGGACUUCCUGGUACGGGAGAGCCAGGGCAAGCAGGAAUAUGUGCUGUCAGUGCUGUGGGAAGAGCAGCCCCGGCACUUCAUCAUCCAGUCAGCUGAUAACCUGUAUCGACUGGAAGGGGACGGCUUUCCCAGCAUCCCUUUGCUCAUUGACCACCUGCUGCACUCCCAGCAGCCCCUCACCAAGAAGAGUGGUGUUGUCCUCAGUAGAGCUAUACAUAAGGACAAGUGGGCCCUGAACCAUGAGGAUCUGGUGCUGGGCGAGCAGAUUGGGCGGGGAAACUUCGGUGAGGUGUUCAGCGGACGCCUGCGUGCUGACAACACCCUCGUGGCCGUGAAAUCUUGCCGAGAGACACUCCCCCCUGACCUUAAGGCCAAAUUUCUGCAGGAGGCAAGGAUCCUGAAGCAGUACAGCCACCCCAACAUCGUGCGUCUCAUUGGUGUCUGCACCCAGAAACAGCCCAUCUACAUUGUUAUGGAGCUGGUGCAGGGGGGCGACUUCCUGACCUUCCUGCGGACAGAGGGUUCCCGCCUGCGGGUGAAGACCCUGCUGCAGAUGGUGGGAGAUGCAGCAGCUGGUAUGGAGUACCUGGAGAGCAAGUGCUGCAUCCACCGGGACCUGGCUGCUCGGAACUGCCUGGUGACAGAGAAGAACGUCCUGAAGAUCAGUGACUUUGGGAUGUCCCGGGAGGAAGCCGACGGGGUGUACGCGGCCUCAGGGGGCCUCAGACAAGUCCCAGUGAAGUGGACUGCCCCUGAGGCUCUUAACUACGGCCGCUACUCCUCCGAGAGCGAUGUGUGGAGCUUUGGCAUCUUGCUCUGGGAGACCUUCAGCCUGGGGGCCUCUCCAUACCCCAACCUGAGCAACCAGCAAACCCGGGAGUUUGUGGAAAAGGGGGGCCGCCUGCCCUGCCCGGAGCAGUGCCCCGAUGCCGUGUUCAGGCUCAUGGAGCAGUGCUGGGCCUACGAGCCGGGGCAGCGGCCCAGCUUCAGCAUCAUCUACCAGGAGCUGCAGAGCAUCCGAAAGCGGCACCGGUGA